AUGGAAUUGAGGACACCAUUCCGUAAGUUAUUCGUACAAUCUCGUGGCAAAUUGUUUAGUAAGAUUUUAUUUUAUUUUAUGUGGAAGGCGACGCUGGAGUUUAAUGAAACCACAGUGGAAUAUGAAGACGCAGAGGACCCCGAUGCGGUCACUUUGCUAUCUAUAUUACUUGUCGGCAUAUUCCUUUCACUACUGAUAUUCGUGAGUGCAGCCGGCAACAUCUUAGUCUGUAUAGCAAUAUAUACAGACAGGGGGCUAAGAAGAAUUGGAAACCUGUUCCUAGCAUCGCUGGCGAUCGCUGAUAUGUUGGUCGCCGCUGCUGUUAUGACUUUUGCUGGAGUCAAUGAUUUACUAGGAUAUUGGGUGUUCGGUGAGCAGUUCUGCGACACAUGGGUCGCUUGUGACGUCAUGUGUUCUACGGCCUCCAUAUUAAACCUCUGCGCUAUAUCCCUCGACCGAUAUAUACAUAUUAAGGAUCCACUCAGAUAUGGUCGCUGGGUUACUAGGAAGGUGGCGAUAGUAACGAUAGCUCUCAUCUGGUUACUGGCUGUGUUAGUCAGUUUCCUACCAAUAUCGCUGGGUUUACAUCGCCCGCCGACUGAGACUACUGCUCCAACCGACCACCCAUCACACCCGACAUGCGCUCUAGUGCUAACACCUACUUACGCCGUGGUUUCAAGUUGUAUAUCGUUUAUACUACCAUGCAUAGUUAUGAUCAGUAUUUAUUGCAGAUUAUACUGCUACGCCAGAAGCACGUCAAAUCCAUCCGAGCUGUUACAAGGACGGUUCAGUUGCCGGAUAACCGAACGAAAUCUGUCCGCACGCGUGUUCACACACAUGUGCACUCAUCACCCUACCACGUUUCGGACCAUAAGGCUGCCAUCACAGUUGGUAUCAUCAUGGGAGUUUUUCUGCUUUGUUGGGUGCCAUUCUUUUGCGUCAAUAUCGUCGCUGCAUUCUGCAAAACCUGUAUACCAGAUCUUGCAUUCAAAAUCCUCACGUGGCUCGGCUAUUCGAAUUCCGCUUUCAACCCAAUCAUUUACUCCAUAUUCAACACAGAGUUCCGGGAGGCGUUCAAAAAAAUUCUCACGUCCAAAUAUCCGCCUUGCUGCGGCUACCAAACAGUUAGAGCUCACACACCGACUAGGAAUGACAAUUUCGUUACGGAUUAUGGUACGAAAACUUUGGUUGUACGAAGGAGUGGUUCACUUGGGCUAUCAGGUGUCGAUCCAACCCCAAGAUCCUCGGCUGAAUCAGUUAAGCCCUUAA